AUGAUUUCAUCGCAGCUUCUCUCCUUGCUCGGCCUCACAGCUCUGGCGGCGGCGGCGCCCGCCCUGGAGGGCAGAAACCCCCAGAAGCCCUUCUUCUACAAGGGUCACGAUCUGAGCUCCCUCAAGAUGCUGGAGGAGUUCAACAACAUCUUCAUCGACACCGCACGAGGCAACGUUUCGCGACCCGCCGACGACAUCCUCGCCGACGGCGGCAUGAACGGCGUCCGUCUCCGCCUGUGGGUCAACCCUCCCGACGGGAACUAUGGCCUCAACUACACGAUCGAGCUCGCGAAGCGCUUCCAAAGCAAGGGCCAGCGCCUCUUCCUCGACUACCACUUCUCCGACAGCUGGGCCGACCCCCAGAAGCAGCCCCUUCCCGCGGCGUGGCCGACGGAGGUGGAGCCCCUGGCCGGCAAGCUGCGCGAGUACGUCCGCGAGACGCUCGUCGCCUUCCACGACGCCGGCGUGAAGCUGGACCUCGUCUCCCUCGGCAACGAGAUCCGCCACGGCUUCCUCUGGCCGGUCGGCAAGGUCGACGUCGACGUGCAGCCCUGGCCGGCGCUGGUCAAGAGCUUCGCCAACCUCGCGACGCUCUUCAAGGCCGCGCGGGCCGGCGUCAAGGACGCAACGUGCGCCGGCGUGCCCAAGCCCGAGGUCAUGAUCCACAUCGACAACGGCUGGAACCUGACUCUGCAGGAGAGGUGGUUCGGGGCGCUCGUGGAGAACGGCGUGCCGCUCUCGGCGUGGGAUGCUUUUGGCUUCAGCUUCUACCCGUUCUACGGCACCUCGGCGACGUUCGAGAACAUCAAGAAUGUGCUCCACACGAUGACGAAGAAGUACAAGAAGCCUGCCCAGAUUGUCGAGACGGACUAUCCUGCCCUAUGCGACGGCAGAUGGAACCCCAUUCCCGAGAGUUCGGAGCCGUCGAUUCCCUACAACGUUCAGGGCCAGGUUGAGUGGAUGCACAAGACGCUCCAGAUUGUGCGUGACGUGCCCAACGGCAUGGGACAGGGUCUCUGGUACUGGGAGCCGGCGUGGCUCAACAACACUUCGUUGGGCAGCGACUGCAAUGACGCCAUCCUCUUCGAGCCGGACUACAGCCAGUGGCCGACGACAUACGGAUACUCUCGCGAGUCGGUCAACGUUUACCUCUGA